GCUGAACAGCAGCUGUGGUUCAGAGCUCCACGUCCACACCUGAAACUCUCACGCUGCAGUGAGGCUGAAGCACCAGCAGGUGUCACCGUAGGGCUGAGUGUGAAGCUGUGACUCUUCAGCACAUCUCUAACAGCGAGUCAGUGAGCAUGCUCAGACCAGCACUUCCCACCAUCACCGCUUCUGACACGAAGAGAAACAUCAGCUCAGUCUGAGGACACCUGGCACCUCUGAGGCUCCGCCCAGCACAGGUACAGGCGGCUGGACUUCAGUGACGCUUCACGUUGAUUCUUUCAGAGAGGAAGAUGAAACUUUAUUUAGAACAGCACCUCACCUCAUGCACUCUCUACACCUGACCCCUUCUUCGAGCACUCACGUGUCAUUAGUGCGAGGGGGUCACAGUCACCACGGUAACAUUUCAACAGGAAUCCUCGAGAUGUUUUGGAAUUCAGAUUUUGUUCUUCAGCUCAUCUUUAAUCUAAAAGAGCUGAACACGCAAGAUAAGCAGAAAAACAUGUUUUUAAACCUCUUUGAUGAUUUUAAUCACCUUUGAGGAGGAACUCACCGGGGGGCGUGGCUUUGACAAACUUGUGUGAAGUCUCGCCGACAAUAACACGUUCAAAGACAAGCAGCCGUUUGUGUGUGGGAGGGAGAGUUUUCCAUUUUCCCUCCGGCAGUAGGAAACAUCCCAAUAAGGACGGCAGGGCGGGUUCUUGCCGCUGACGCUGUGUGGGCGGGGCCUGCUGCCUGAUUAAAUGGAGCAGUGGUGAUGAAGGCGAGCAGAGCUCCGACUGUGAGACAAACUGAAGGAUGGCGAUGCUGCUGCAGCCUCUGUGGACCUUCGUGCUGGGACACGCCCCCCUCCUGUGCUCGCCCUUCUUCCCCGUGCUCUUCUCGCUCUGCGUCUACCUGUCCUUCUGCCUGCCCUUCCUGCUGCUGGACGCGCUGUCCACCAGGUGGGCGUGGGUGCUCAGGUACAAGCUGCAGCCUCAGAGCUCCGUCAGCUGGUCGUCGGUGCGGCGCUGCCUGGCUCUGACGCUCUACAACCACCUGGUCUUCAUCUUCCCGCUCACCGUGCUGCACUGGUACCUGAGGCCGGUGCACCUGACCGAGGAGGCCCCGCCCCUUCCGCGCCUGCUGGCUCAGGUGCUCGUGUGCCUGCUGCUCUUUGACUUCCAGAGCUUCGCCUGGCACCUGCUGCACCACCGAGUGCCCUGGCUCUACCGCACCUUCCACAAGGUGCACCACACCUACACCUCCACCUCCGCCCUCACCGCCGAGUACUCGGGCACCUGGGAGACCCUCAGCCUGGGCCUGUUCGCUGCCGCCAACCCCCUCCUGCUGGGCUGCCACCCGCUCACCGAGCUCGCCUUCUUCGUGGUCAACAUCUGGCUGUCGGUGGAGGAUCACUGCGGCUACGACCUGCCGUGGGCCACGCACCGCCUGGUGCCGCUGGGGCUGUACGGCGGGGCGCGCCACCACGACCUUCACCACCUCAAGUCCAAGUGCAACUUUGCGCCGUACUUCACCCACUGGGACCGCCUGGCCGGGACGCUGCAGACGCAGGACUGAGCCGCCGUGAUGGCGAGGAGCUGAUGU